ACUUAUAAGCAACUACAACAGUUACUCUAGUCGGUGUCAACGAUUUGCAUGAGAAUUAUUUAAAAUGAAACUUUGGUUAUAUGUGACACUAUUUUGCAUUUAUUUAACAAAAUAUGCAACUGAAACAGCUAGUAUUGCUAGUGAUGCGUCAUCCGACGACAGCCAAAGAGUCAGAAGAUCUGAAAAAGAAGAUUCUGUUAUUCAUUAUGAUCCACCGCCUCCCACUUCACCAUAUUUAAUAAUGACAACGCUACCUGUGGUGCGUGUUAAGCGAUCUGACGGAGAUGUCCAAUCAAAAGGAGAUCAUGUUAUUCAUUAUGAUCCACCGCCUACCCCUCCACCAGCUUAUAUAAUUACAACGCGACAUGUGGUGCCUGUUAAGAUCUGACGGUGAUGUUCAAUCAGAGUUUAAAAAGUGUUAAUUCAAAGAACUCUUAUUCUUUAUUCUGUCGGAAAAUACUUUAAGCAAAUAAAAUAUAUAGAAAUAAGUAUAA